GGCAGCGCGCACCCUGCCUGCUCGGGCUGCUCUCACGCGGCGGAUCGCUGAAACACGGGGAGUCGCGAUCGGACCGCGCCGCAAGAGUGCGGUUGCCGCUGGUCUCGGGACCCUUUUCGCUUUCGAUGGGAAGCGCAAAAAGUAGCGACCAACUACUCGGACUGCUGUUUCUGAGCGCAGAUCGAGGUUAUGAGGGAAGAAUGGAGUUCCCAGACCAUAGCCGCCAGUUGCUGCAGCGCCUGAGUCAGCAGCGUCACCAGGGUUUCCUGUGCGAUUGCACCGUGCUGGUGGGAGAGGCGCGAUUCCGGGCGCACAGAGCCGUGCUGGCCUCCUGCAGCAUGUACUUCCACCUCUUCUACCGGGACCAGCUGGACAAAAGGGACGUUGUGCAUCUGAACAGUGACAUUGUGACGGCCCCGGCUUUCAGCCUGCUGCUGGAAUUCAUGUAUGAGGGCAAGCUGGAAUUCAGCACCCUGCCCGUGGAGGACGUCCUGGCCGCUGCCAGCUACCUGCACAUGUACGACAUAGUGAAGGUGUGCAAAGGCCGGCUGAAGGACAAGGAGCUCGGCUCGCCGGAUGAGAGGGCACGUGACGGGAUAGUCCUGGGCGGCCUAGACAGAGAGAGCUCCUCGGACAGCGAGCAGCCGGGCCUCCCUAAGGCUCCCCGCCGGUGGCCGCAGCGCCCCCGACAUAGGCCCCCCCAUGCAGAUGAAUUUGACACGGAGCACAGCGAGCUCCGGCUGGCUGUCACCGACUGUGAUAGGUCUGCACUGAGCGGGCAGAAGGCAAACGGUCACCCCGGCGGGUCCCCGGACCUUGUAGGUGUCAAUUAUGUGUCAGCGGAGGCCGAGACUUGCAUCCGAACAGCUGGAAAAACAAACGCCGAUGUCAGUGGUUCCACAGCGUCGCUGUCCCAGAGGUCCCGGGCUUCGGAUGACACGGACUGCGCUCUGGAUUUGUCCCUCAAGCCUCUGUCUAGCAGAGAUUCCUCGCGCCCCUCCUAUGUCUCGGGACAGCUGGCCCUCGACAGCCAGCAGCAGGGCUCCGAGCCACUUGUUAAAGAUGAACAAGACUUGCUGUCAGAGCAGGAGGACAGUGAGCCGCCGGGGCCGGAGAGCCAGCGCUUUGGGAAUUGCGCCAGGAGCUCGGUGGUGACAGGGUUCGCUGCCCUCUUCCCCGGCAACAACGGCCCCACCGCAGCUCUCCUCCCCCGGGGGGAGGACCUGAUGGAGCAGGAGGAGGAGGGGGGUGCGGAAGUUGGGAGGAGAGGGAGAGGAGGAGGGGAGGCAGCAGGCGAGGUGGACGGAGGGGGGCUCCUCGGGGACAGCGAGGAGGAGGAGGAGGAUGACGACGACGACGACCUGGCUUCCUCGGACAUCUCCACCUCCAGCGGGGUGCUGCUUCCCCCAGGCCAGCAGGUCUGCGUGUGUCCGCUCUGCAGCAAGGUCUUCCCCAGUCCCCACGUGCUCCAGCUGCACCUCAGCGCACACUUCCGUGAGAAGGACGGCACCCGGGCCAAGCUGUCGCCCGACGGCUCGGUGCCCACCUGCUCGCAGUGCGGCAAGACCUUCUCCUGCAUGUACACGCUGAAAAGGCACGAGCGCACGCACUCGGGCGAGAAGCCCUACACCUGCGGCCAGUGUGGCAAGAGCUUCCAGUACUCGCACAACCUGAGCCGGCAUGCUGUGGUACACACGCGCGAGAAGCCGCAUGCCUGCAAGUGGUGUGAGAGGCGCUUCACUCAGUCAGGGGACCUCUACCGCCACAUCCGUAAAUUCCACUGUGGCCUCGUCAAGACCCUGGCCAUUGGAUAAGUUCUCCCCUCAGCUAAGAACAAGUACGGUACCACUGUGUGCAUCGUGUGGGUGUAAAUACGUAGAAAGGAGCAUAUGAUGUUUCAAGUGUAUUUAUGAGGCUGUGUCCCCUGGUUCCCAACAACUCCUUUUGUAAUUAAGCGGAGCAACUUGGAAAGUAGAGCUGAAGACUGGGCUUGCUUAUUCUUGUUCAAAUGUUAUCCAGGUGGUAAAAUUUGCUUUUUUUUUUUUUUAAAAGGGGUAAUGAUGGAUAUGCCCUAAAAUGUAUUGGCUCUUCUACUGGCUCUGAGAUUUUGGUGGGCUCUCAUCACAUGUACAGUAAUAGGUGGUGGGGGAAACCGAGCGUGCCUCAUUGACCUUCAGUUGUCUAAAAUAGUUCUGCUGUGAUACUCAGAAGUGGUUUGCAUGAAGGAUGAAGAAGUGCAUGAAGAAAUGAAUGUAUUCUGCGGUCAGAUGAUUGACGGCACAAAAUUUGACACGGAUAAGCAAUACCACAAUAGUUUGCUCUGCAAACUGCCCGUCCACGAGCAACAACAUUCUGUUGUUUGCAAUAACUGAAAAUCAGGUCAUCAUCCUUAAAUUCUGAGAAGUGAAAAAACAUGGCCCCAGAGACUUAAUGGUAAGGAAUACAUGCAGCUAUAGUGACUUUUGGGUUUUCAUUUGUUCCUUUCAUUAGCUGCUACCUGCAUAGUGAAGCUCAAGCUAGCUGAAGAUGAAGUCAUAAACCAUAUCUAACUGUAACUGUUUACUAAUAUUUGUUUGUACGGUGGGCCUUACGGUUCCAUGGAAUCAAGCGGAAUACCAACAAGUGUGGUAUGGAUUGUAGUGAUUUGCUUGCUCAUUCAGGAAACGAACCAAUGAAAGCCAGCAGUAUAUUAUUAGUGCUCAAAAAUGCAUAAUGAUGUGGUUCAAUGACCUGAACACGGAGCUCAAGGAAAAGGAAUGUGUUUGGAUGUUUAAACAGCCGUGAGGUUUGUGACACUGGAAAUUGUAGUAGUACCUCUGUGUGAACGGUAGCAGUGAUGGUUCGGCUCCGAUAUUCAGUCUUUGACGGCGUUCGCACCGAACAGGUAACAAAUUCCGAAACCGUAAGGAUCUGCUGUGAAAAUAAGUGCCUGUGAGAAGGAUGCCUGCUGAAACAAACAUAAUGGCACAACGCAUGUACUGGGACACACAAAGAGUGUGACCAGUUUAAUGUAUGGAUGUAGGAUGGGGUGGGAGAGGGGCGUGGGGUGCCCAGCUUCUGAAAAGUGCCAUUCGCAGUCACUAGCAUGAAGUGCACAAAGGGCAAGGAGAAGUGCAACACUGCUGCUUGAUGUGGGGUUUAAUCAGAGGAAACGGAGAAGAAGGCUCUUUGUGGCCACACUCAUUUGCUGAGGCGAGACCACCGGUGAUAAGGAGCGCUGUCCAGUCCGCGUCUCUUUAUGAAGUGGGGUCCAGCUUUGACAAGCGGAGGAUCUGCAGUCUGGCUCGCUCGCCCUGAGGCCACAAUGUGACACCCACCCCCCCCAAGCCCAAUACCUCUGUGAUGGUCAUAUUUUGAGAAGGCUGUUCCUUACUGUUACGGCAGACGUUUUUUCAUCGUUAUUCUCAUUGCUGUUCUCUGUGAACCACUUUUUGGGGACAUUUGGCCACCAGAUACUGGAAACAGCCGAUGCUACAUACUGGCAUUAAUGUGUGUGGUAUUCUGCAGUUAGGAAAAAAAAAAACUACUGAGCAAGCUUGUUGGUUAAACUUGUCAUCACACAUUUUCUGCAACCAUUUUCAGAUAAGGGAGUUUUUUUUUUUAAAUACUUAAAAUUUGGUUUGUUUUGUAAACUAUACAUAUCUUACAAUGGCUGGAAUUAGCACUAAAAAUCUAAGUUAUUUAUAUCUUCAUUUUUUAUCUUUCCUGA